CAGUAUCUUACAGUUAAGUACUUAGUUCAUUGUGAUCGAGGUGUUAUGUAAGUUACAAGUGAAGUGAGUGCAAUUGCGAUGGAUAGUGACGUAGGCCUAUCUGAAGAUUCAACGGCUACAGUGAAAUAUUUAGAAGACCAAGUGGAAUACAAAUGUCCACUUGGUAAAAUAAAAAACCGAUUGACCUUACAGCCAGGAGAUAAAAGAAAUGUAAAAUGGAAGGAUGGGUUGUUCUACGAAGCUGAAAUAAUUAAAAUCGAAACUGAUGGCAGCGUAACAGUUAAAUAUGCUGAAGAUAAAGUGAUCCACAGAACCACUCUACAAUCUGUUGAGAAGUGCACACUACAGAUAGGGGACAUCCGUCAUGUAAAAUGGACAGAUGGAAAAUACUACCCUGCUAUGAUAAAGAAAUUAGGUUCAGACAAGACAGCUGCUGUAAAGGGUGAUAAUUACAAAACACCUGAAUCUCAAGCUGAAUCAACUAUACCUUCAAUCUCAUUACAUAAUGACAAAGCGAGCAAAGUGAUCAUAGCUUCAGGAAUGAAUGAAGAUUUUGUAAUACCUAACAAUCAUCCAGACUAUAAUACUAAUAAUCAACAUGCAUCAUCGCCUACCUUACAUCACCUACCUGACCUUUAUGAAAAGAGUUCAUUACCUUCGACCUUCUCAGAAGAUAAUAAUGAAAUCCAAGACAGUCCAUUUAACGACCAACCUGUAACAUCACCCACCCUCGAACAUGAAUCCGUCAGAAGUGGGACAGAUGAGACACCCUCGGAAGAAGACGACAGUGACAACGACCCCAAAUUUUGCGCCAAGAGUUCACAAGCUUCUUCGACCUCAUCAGAGGAUGAUAAUGCCACUAAUGAUAAGAUUGAGACGGGAAGUAAGAAUAUUUGUGAAAACUCUGAGAACCCUGACUGCAAUAUGGACAAUUCAACGAUACGACUACCUACACUAGAAGAUGAAUACGACAUGGAACAUAACAUAAUUGAUUCUCAAACAGAUGCUCAAAAAGUUGUUGUCGCUCAAACAUCAAACCUGAAUAAUAAAAGGUCUUGGGACAAAAAAUUUCCUUGCAUAUUUUGUAAAUCUUUUGUCACAAAACUUCCUAGACACUUCAAACAAUUGCAUAGCCAAGAAAAGGACGUAGUAAAAUUAGAAAGUUUGCCUCCAUGUGAUCCAGAAAGAGUAAAGAUCCUAAAUCGCUUAAGAAAUGCUGGCCUGUACCUUCAUAACUCCGAAGUAUUGACGAAUAAAAAAGGCACUUUGAUCCCUAAGUACAGGAAAGUAACAGCUACGUCUCCUUCAAAACUAAUCCCCUGUGUCUAUUGUAAUCAAUUCUACACUAGGAAAAUCUUAUUUAGGCACAAGAAAAUAUGUGAAGGAAGAAAUAAAACAAAUGCUCCUGUUGGAAGGGUGAUAAAUACGGCACAGUAUAUGUUACCUACAUCCUCAGUAGCCGACUACAGAAUACUAUUAAGAAGAUCAAUUAUUGCAGGCAUGAGAGAUGGGCCGGAAAAACAUGAAAUAGAGAAUGAUGACACUAUAAUGCAGUUCGGAGCGGAAAUGUUUGAAAAGCUCGUUAGUAUGCCUGGCAAGGAAAACCACAUCCGCAACAAACUUAGAGAGCUAGGAAGAUUUAUGGUUUGCGUAAAAAAAAGGAAACCCUUGAUAAAGAACUUAUCUGAACUCUUGAAGCCAGAAGAAUUUAACACAGUUGUCGAUGCCACAAUGGAGUUGGCUGGCUUUGAUUGUAGCACUAACCAAUUCCAAAUUCCAACAUUGGCUAAAAAAAUUGGUGAGUCAAUUCAAAAAUGCGUCGCGAUAGAGAGAAAGAUCGCCAUAAUUAGCAGAAAUGAAAUUAGAAGGAAGGACAUCGAUGAUUUCAUGUCAGUAUUCGACGUAGAUUGGGGAACGAGAAUCACGUCUAAAGCUUUAAAUACGCUAUAUACAGCCAAAUUCAACAAUUCAGAUCCACUACCUGAUGCUGAAGACACUAAAAAGUUAUCGAGUUUUAUUAUUUCUGAGAAGAAACGUUGUUUGGAUGCUAUAGAGAGAGAUGUCAACUCCGAUACUUACACGCAACUGUUAAAAAUUACUUUGGCCUGUGUUAUAGUAUUCAACAAAAAACGAGUAGGUGAUGCGCACAACCUAGGAGUGACCGCGUAUAUAACAGGAACGAGAAGUUGCGAAACCAACGAUAAUAUAGUACAACAUCUAAAAGAUUCUGAAAAACAUUUGAUUGGUAAGUUAACCAGGAUUGAGACCAGAGGAAAGCGAGGGAAGAAGGUGGCGAUUUUGCUAACGCCAGAACUGAAGAAAAUGAUGGAUAUAUUAUUGCACGAAAGAACGCGUGUUGGGGUAAUCGCAGACAACAAACAUUUCUUCGCAAUACCAGGAACGUACAACUCACAUUAUAGAGGAUCUGACAUUAUAAGAGAUGUAAGGACAAAGGCUAAACUGAAGUAUCCCCUCAGGAUAACAGGAACGAAUUUAAGAAAAGAGGCUGCUACAAUAGCAGCUGCAAGCGGUCUCAGCGAAGCUGAAGUGGACAUUCUGGCAACAUUCUUAGGUCACGACAAGUCUACUCAUAGAAAAUAUUACAGGCUACCGGAAGAAACUCUUCAAAAGGCUAAAACUUCCCCGUUUUUCACCUCCCAAGAAGUGGCUACUUCCAGAGCCGAGGAUAUGCCUUACAAAAUAUCAGUCGUACACAUCAGGCAGGGCAAAGAACCACAAGAACCAAAGAACCACAGUCACAGGCAGAUGAUAGACCGAAGUCAACCUGGAUGGAGGAAUAUCACUGGGGACUCUCUCUUUGGGUACAACCCAAAGAUGCUGGCUUGCCCAGUCGUCCAUAACUGUGGCCAACCUGAAAUGCCGGUUCUGACACCGGACACUGGGGGGGACACACUCAUAUAA